UGGCGCUGACUCGCGCACGAAGAUGGCUGCCGCGCGUUACGAAAGACCGGACGAUCUCUCGCGGGGAAGCCGUUUCCCGUUGCUUCAGACAAGCGUCGUACCGCCGUUCGCUCUAGAUAGUCACGCACGGUGGUGGCCGUCGACGCGAUGCCAUACAACAUCGAGUGGAUCAUCCCGCGGCUACGGAACCCGUCCCGACUGUGGAACAUCGCGAGCAGCAUAACCUUCGCGGCGGUGGGCAUCGUCUCGAAAAUCAUCAUAGGAAACUCAGAAUGGCUGAACAAAACGACGGUGUACAACAAGCACAUUAUCGUGCGCGCCUUAGACCUCCGGCCGAAAAACGUUCCGCUCAUUACCGUGUCGAAUCAUCACAGUUGUUUCGACGAUCCGGGCCUAUGGGCGACCCUGGACAUCCGGCACGGGUUUAAUCGACGUAAGAUACGAUGGUCGCUCGCCGCCCAGGACAUUUGUUUCACGAAUGUCUGGCAUUCCUACUUUUUCAUGCUCGGCAAGUGCAUACCCAUCGUCAGAGGUAACGGCGUGUAUCAGGAAGCCAUGGACUUCUGCAUCGAAAGGUUGGCUUGUGGCGAGUGGGUGCAUGUCUUCCCCGAAGGAAAAGUCAAUAUGUAUAAGGAAGAUAUAAGGUUGAAAUGGGGCGUGGGUAGAUUAAUAUUAGAAUCGCCCAUUACGCCUAUCGUAAUUCCUAUUUACCAUUUCGGUAUGGAUGAUGUACUUCCCAACGAGCCGCCCUACAUAUUUAGAACAGGAAAGAAAGUUACUAUGAAUUACGGUGAGCCCAUAGACUUUAGUGGAUUGCUGGCCGAUUUGCGGGCGUCAAAAACGGGUGAGAUGGAAGCACGAAAGGCGAUAACCGAUCGCAUUCAAGAGGAACUUUCAAGAUUGAAGGCAGCAACGGAAAAGCUCCACGCAAAGUUAUGACGAAGACGAUUUUUUUUCCGUCAUCCCACUAUCUAGCCUUCAUUUGCCAAAAAUAUAAAGAGAUGAUUGUUUGCGUGAUCAAAAGAAGUGAGAUUUGUAUGUGCACGAUCUAUACGGAAUCGGUUUCCUUUUUUUUAAAGCAUUGUAUUCAUAUUGUAAGUAGUAUUUUUUUGACAAUAUUGAUUAUCAGUUAACGUAAGCAUCGAUUGUAUGUAAUUGUAAUGAGUCAUUCUGCGACGUUUUCGUCGUUAUUCUUCUCGUAACUCUCCGAAAGCCUACUUGAGAUACAUGUAGAGAAUGUAUCAAAAAUUAUAUACUUGCUUCCAAUUGUAUACAUCUCAUAAAUAUAGAAUUAACUAUUCUUUAAUAGAAAAGUUUGUAAAAUUUAGCUUCUCUUCUUUAAGGACACUUAUUAAUAAGGAUGAAUUUUAUUUAUAAUUUUUAUUGAUUUCGCGGACGACACGUUCAAUUUUAAAAUCACAUAUGAUAGAGAGAUAAUUAAAUAAGUAUUAGUAGCAAACUGACUGCAACUUUGUCAGAAGUUUAUAACUAAGAAAAUGUGCACAAAUGAUACAUGCUGCACAUAUAAUUCUUUGGAGAGUUGCAUAUUCUCGAACAAUGUAUCGUCUUUUAUGA